AAUUUAGAAGCCACAAUGAUGAUGCCGUCGCAAUACUUCCAACUUCCACCUCUCGACGACAACACCACACAAUCAUUCUUCUCCUAGACCUAUACCCGCCCCAAAGUAUCUUCGAAACCUUCAAGCAGCACAAUUCCUACAUCUAGGAUCAUACCGCCAUCAUGUCCUGGGCCGGCUUCAAGAAGAAUGUCAAUAGGGCGACGACCCAAGUGAUGAUGAAGACUGGUCAUGUCGAGAAGACGAAUGAUAGAGAUUACGAGGUUGAAGAGAGACGAUACCGAACAAUGGAGGCGGCCUCGAUGAGAUUGCAGAAGGAAGCAAAGGGAUAUCUAGACUCGUUACGAGCAAUGACCGCUUCCCAAAUGCGAAUUGCAGAGACUAUUGAUGCUUUUUAUGGUGAUGCUGGAGCGAAAGACGGAGUCAGUCGAAGCUACAAGCAGGCAGUAGAAGAUCUGGAUGCAGAGACGAUUAAGGCACUCGACGGACCAUAUCGCACAACUGUUCUUGAACCCAUCUCCCGAUUCUGCGCCUAUUUCCCUGAUAUCAACGAAUGUAUCAAGAAGAGAAACCAUAAACUCCUGGACUACGAUGCGAUGCGCGCAAAGGUCAAGAAGCUCGUUGAGAAACCGGACAAGGAUGUUACCAAACUUCCACGAGCGGAGAAGGAAACGGAGAUGGCCAAAGCAGCUUACGAACAACUCAACGAACAGCUUUUCACUGAACUGCCCCAACUUAUCGACCUCCGAGUUCCAUACCUCGAUCCAAGUUUCGAAGCACUCGUCAAGAUUCAAUUGCGAUUCUGUGCAGAGGCAUACUCUCGAAUGGCACAAGUUCAACAAUAUCUAGAUGCGGACACGAGAGAACAGUAUGCACAGGGACAUUUGGACAGCAGAGUAGAGCAGGUUCUACAAGAGAUCCGGGAAUUAAGCAUUAGCGGUACUGUUUAGGGUAAUGGGAUGUAAUAAAUGGACUGGGUGCCUGGCGUUUUCGAUGAUAAUAAAAUCCCAAAGUUUCUCAGUCUCUCAGUUUACGUUGUUCCCGGUUAUGGUCAUUGUUCCUCUCUGUGGCCGUGGUGUGAAACUUAGAAUCGUAGAAUCUGCCUUGGUCAUUGGCUGCGCCACUCCCGCCGAAUGACUCUUCUUCGAAAAUG